AUGGCUCAAAACGAGGACACCAAACUACACACCGAUAGUAGAGAAGAACAGAUAGAUCACAAACCUACGAUCGGUGAUAAGGUAUCAGGUAGCAUCGAGCAAGCUGUCGGUAAAAUCACCAAAAAUCCAGACAAGGUCACCGAAGGUCAAGCCAAGAAGAAUGGUGAUCUAACAGACCAAGCUCACCACGAGCGUGGACAUAGACAAGGAGUCGAAGAUAAACAUUCUCAUGAUCAUAUGAAAGAAUCAUCACACCCAUCACCUAUCAACCCAAACUCAGAGGGUAACGUCAACACUCAGGCUGAAGGUGCACAUCACGGACAUGACUCGGUACAUGCUUCUGACAUCCCUCGUCCACCAGCAACUACCAAUCCCUACGUGAUAGAUCAGUCAUCUACUCCCAUCGACAAUGCUGCUGCGCAAAGAGGUAUUUCUCGCCAAGCUACUAAUAUCCCUUUACCUCCCUCUCACCAAAAUUCAUUCGCCAACUACACCCCUACCACACGUGGAGAAGGAGGUACACCCUCAUCAGGAUAUCUAGCUCAUGGUGGAUUGCCUUCAGCGGGUCAAGGUCAGUCGGGUGUAGGGUUAGGUCAAGGUGGAGUGGCUGAUAGGAGUCUCUUCCCUCUGGCUCAAACCCAGAAUCAGGGUAAUUAG